AUGUUCACGCUCUAUGGGCCUGAAUGGAUUAAAGAGUUGCAAAAACGGGGAUUCCAGGUUUUUCUUGAUCUUAAGUUUCAUGACAUUCCCAAUACAACGGCUCGAUCAGUGGCUUCCGCUGCUGAGUUAGGCGUCUGGAUGGUCAAUGUGCAUGCAAGCGGAGGCGGCCAUAUGAUGGAAGCGGCCAAAAAAGCACUUUUGUCCUAUGGUAAAGAAGCUCCCCUAUUGAUUGCGGUGACCCUGCUCACGAGUAUGACAACUCAAGAUUUACAGCCCAUAGGUAUUUAUGGUGAACAUCAAGAACAAGUGACACGUUUAGCAAAAUUAAGUCAAGAUUCUGGAAUGGACGGUGUCGUUUGUUCCGCUCAAGAAGCUCAAAUGUUAAGACAGCGCUGUGGAUCAAAUUUUCAGCUAGUGACACCGGGUAUUCGCCCAUUAAACAGUGUUAAUUUUGAUCAAUCACGCACCAUGGAUCCAAAAGAAGCCUUAAAAGCGGGGGCGAAUUAUUUG